GCUCAGGAGUGAUCCUGUGCCACCUAUACCAUCAAGAUCAAGAUCAAGAUGUAUGUUUGGGUAAAGAGGCUGCGCGGGAAAGCCAGUGUUCAGUGGUAAAAUUAUCACAGCAUUGUGCCCGUGAAAGAUUAGUGAUUCAUAAUGAGUGAUAUAAUGGACCCCAGCAAGCUGAAGGUGGCGGAGCUGCGAGCAGAGCUGCAGGCCCGAGGGCUGGACAGUAAAGGAAAUAAACCGGUGUUGGUGGAUCGGCUCCGGGCGGCGCUGGAAGAAGAGGCAGCUUGUGAGGAAGGGGAUGAGGUGGCUGGAGGAGAGGAAGAAGAGGAAGCGGAGGGAGAGGAAGAGCUUCAGGAAGAAGUAGCAGAACCACAAGCAGAAGUAGAGGAAGAGCAUGAUGUACCUGUUGCUGCCAAGGAACCAGAACCACAACAGGAACCUGAGGUGGCCAAGAGGAAGUCUGAGUCUCCUGUUAAGAAAACAGCAUCACCUCAGAAGGAGUCAGAGCCUUCACCUAAGAGACCUGAGCCAGAACCUUCAAGAAAGGAACCAGAACCAGUACCGGAGGUCAAGACCGAACCUGAAGACUCAGCCAAAUUGGGCUACGAAGAUGCUCCGAUGGAAGAAUUGGCUGAUAAGAGUGAUGCUGGCAAUGGGAUGGACGUGAAUGUCAAGGAGGAAGAAUUAGAGAUAAAAGAAGAAGCUGUGGAGGUGAAGCAGGAGGUCUCAGAGACUGAGGAGUCAGGAGGCACAAGUAGACGGGGAGAGAAGAGAGCCUUGUCCCGCUCCCGCUCUCCAGAGCCUGCACCAGAUGCUAAGAAACAACGUCCAGAGGUGAAGGAAGUGAGGAUUGAAGAUGAGCCCGAGUUUGACAAAACUGUAGUUGCCCUUGAUUGGUACGAAAUGGAGCCUAGCAGAUUUUACUCCCAUACCAAAGGAGGAAGGAGUGUUAUUGCACAAGAACUGCCAUAUGAGAGUGUAGAUGAGGAUUCUAGUGAUGGUGAAGUUCUCUACCAGCCAAAUGAGGAAUCCGACACCUCAGAUGAUUCAGAAUCAGAAAAUGAUGCAACCAGUGCCAAUAGGGAUGAUCCACAGCCAUCUAAAAGGGGCAGAAAAGAAAGACACAUAAUCUGGAAGAGUGUAGAGGUUGGACAAAAGAGUACGGAAGUUCCUGAGUGGAAGGGGAAAUUGCCCGACGCUACAACAAUAAAAACACCACUGGAGUAUUUCAAACAUUUCUUUGAUGACGAUCUACUGCAAAUGAUCAUUGAUGAAUCAAAUUUGUAUGCUACUCAGGAGCGAGGAAGUUCUCUAAAUCUCACAGUUGAAGAAUUAGAGCAGUUCAUUGGCACAGUAUUGUAUUCAACCAUUUUCCAUUUACCUAGAACCCGCAUGUACUGGAAGAAAUCGAGUUGGGUGCAACAAAUAGCUGAGGUGUUUUCAAGGAAUAGAUGGGAAGAGAUCAAGAAAUACAUACACUUCAAUGACAAUUCAAACAUGCCUGCACCUACAGAUGAGACAAGGGACAAGCUUUUUAACACGUUACCCGCGUUAUGGCAACACCCAAGACUCGCCCCAGCGCGGCAACCUUCACACCGCUCUCCCGCCAGUCUCAGUGAAGCUAUCGGGACGAAAACACAAAUGGAUCCCUCGUCAUUCUAUAGCAGCCGUAUUGAAGAGGAAGACAGCUCUGAUGAAGAUUUCACCAUCUCCAAUGAGAGUGACUCAAGCAGCAGUGAUUCCAGUGAAGAAAGUGAUGAAGCAGGAGACACAGAAGGUGAUGGACCGGAUGAAGCAGGAGAUACAGGUGAUGGAGCAGAUGAAACAGGAGAAGCAGAUGAUGAUGAUGAUUCUCUAUCUGCUAGUAGUCUUGCACCUGCACUUGUAUGGGGGACUGUUUCUCCCAAACAACGUUCCUAUGCCUUUACUGGUAAAGAAGAGCUGGCCAUUUUGCCUCAUGUAAACUCAGUCACUGGAAAACCAGAGCCUGUUCAUAUGUAUGAAUUAUUCAUAACUGAUGAUAUUUUGGACACAAUAGUUUCUGAGACAAAUAUAUAUGCCCAACAAAAAAUAAAUGCAACACCACUGACAAGGAGGUCAAGGCUUUGUGCAUGGAAACCCACAACAAGGAAUGAAAUUAAGAAAUUCCUUGGUAUAAUUCUAUACAUGGGAAUUAAUGGUAUGCCAGAAAUUUCUUCCUAUUGGAGUAAAAACAAGCUGUAUGCUGGCUCUUAUAUUAGCAGUGUGAUGACCAGAGAGAGGUUUGAAAUCCUUCUUAGGUGUAUACAUUUCAGGGAUAAUACUGAUGUUAAUGGCCCACCUGAUCCAAUAUUCAAAUUGAGACCCUUGGUCACUGCUAUCAGAGAUCGCUGCCGGACUGUUUACAAGCCAGGCUCCAUGUUUGUGAUUGAUGAGAGUAUGGUUCCCUUUAGGGGCAGAACUAAGAUUAGGCAUUAUCUUCCUGGUAAAACACAUAAAUAUGGCUUCAAGUUGUACAAGGUAUGCACUCCAAGUGGGUAUACAUGGAAUUUCAAGAUUCAUUCAGGCAGCCAAACAAAGCGCCAGGGACUAAACUCCACAGAAAGUCUAACAGUAGAAUUAUGUGAAGAACUAUUUGACCAAGGUGCCACUCUUUAUGCUGAUAACUACUAUUGUUCACUGCCUCUAGCAGAGUACCUAUUGGAUAAGAAAACUUACCUUUGUGGAACCAUAAAGAGCACAAGAAAGUACCUUCCCAAGGAAGUCACUGAAAGCAAACUUAGAAAGAAUGAAAUGAAAGGGCAGGAAAACAGUAAUGGAGUGAAAGUUUUCAAAUGGAGGGAUAAAAGAAAUGUUCUGACUAUCUCAACUCUGCCUGAACACAGUGAUCAAUUAGUUCCCAGCGGCAAGGUAAACAGACGUAAAGAAGAGGUUUUCAAACCAGAAAGUGUAAUGGCAUACAACAAGGCAAAAAAAGGUGUGGAUGUCUCUGACCAGUACGCAUCCUACUACAGUCCGCUGAGAAAAAGCAAAAAAUGGUACAGAAAGUUGGCCUUUGAACUGAUUACUGGACUAGUAGUUGUAAAUGCUUGGGUUCUUCAUUGCCAGUACUUCCCUAGGGCUAAGAUGAGUCAGCUGCAAUUUCGAGAGGCUUUAGUUUGUUCACUCAUUGGAGAUGAACCUGAUAACAUUAGACCUGGAAAAAGUCCUGGAGUCAUAUCAGGAAAAAGAGAUCUUCAUAAACUGACUGAGAAAGAUGGACCUAAGAGAGCUACAAGAAAAAGGUGUCGUGGCUGCUAUGAAAAAAUAUCUCUUUCUGAAGGAUUCAAGGUAGCUAGAAACAAAGCUAGAAGAGUAAGCACCUUCUGUUUUCAGUGUCAAGAUAAACCACACUUGUGUAUAACAUGCUUUGCUGAGAAGCACAGUGCAUAAAUGACAUGUCAGUAAUACUUUCUUUUCACUAUUAGGAAAACUAGUAUGUUCGGGAUGUAUGUUACUUUACCAAAUAUUAAUAUUUUGUCUUUGGAGAUUAUUGAAAGGAUUUCAAUGCUAUAAUGCUUUUUCUAUAAAUUUCAGAGAUUUGUUCAUUUACCUAAAAUGCUAAUUUCAGUAUUAAAGGAAUAAAAGCAUCCAAAGUGUAAAACAAUGAGUGAUAUUGCUCACAGGAGUUACAGCAGUCAUACUAAUCACUUAUAAUAUAGCUAAAAAUUCCUAUAAAUUUAAUUAUAUUGUCAGGAUAUGUAUUUUUCAAUUUCUCUUAUCCAGUUCUGCAUGGGAGAUUGUGUUUUUUUAAUAUUCCAUAUAAUUUUUUACAUUUUAUUUUUUAAAUGAAUUUAAUAUCGAGUUUUUGAGUCUCAACAUUUUGUAUUAAAAAUAUAUUGAAUUACAAAU